CUCGGUCUUCGGGGCAAGUGGCGGGCGGCUGCCUGAGGGGGACAAGUCAGUCAGUCAGCGGCAUUCCUGCCCCGCAGAGAAAGGGAGCCGGCUCGCCUUUGGGCAGCCCCUCAUAGCUGAGGAGACCGUCUGAGGGAAGGAGAGCGAGAAAGGGAGCCUGUUCUUGGGACGAGGAUAGAAACAACAGCUUCCCAAUCUCCUCGGCUCCAGCGCCCCAGAACCCUCCAGCGUGGUUUUCGAAUAGCACGUGUCCCUCUUGGCCUCUGGGGUCACUGGGCACCCAGGAGGCAUUUCCCUUCUUCCUCUCGCUCAUCCUUUUUUUACCCCUUUUGAGUCCUCAGCGCAACCGAAGAGACCUUUCUCUGAGAGCUGCUCCUUUCAGAGCAGCUAUUAACUUUUCCUGAUUUUUGGGGUGGUUGUUUCGAAAGAGAGAAGUGGGUGAAGAGGAGCUGUGGAGGUUUCCCCCCCUCGACAGUCCCUUCAUGCCCUUGCAGGCUUCUCUCCUUUCCCUCCUCCUCCUCCUCCUGCUCCUUGCCGUACAAUGAAGUCUUUAAAAGAGAUUCCUGCUUGCCCGCUAGCUGGCUGGGCUCGCGCCAGGAGUUCUCCACGGGAGCGCUGGACCAUUCCUCGCGACUGAGCAAAGAAUGCCAUCUAUGCAGAAGAAGAGGGCACCCUGCACACCUGGCUCCCCAGGGCUGCGGUGAUGUGAUUGGGGGUCAUAGAUCAAAUUAUGACAUCAUCACCCAAAGGAAUUUUCCGGCCAUUUCUAUUUAUCUUCAUUGUGCUGGGAUGCUUCAUGGCAUGUCUGCUUAUUUAUAUCAAACCGACAAACAGCUGGAUAUCUGGUCCUAUUGAAUCAGCCAGCUCUGUUCUAAAAAUGAAGAACUUCUUCUCCACCAAAAAUGAUUAUAUCAAUGAGACAACUAUUCUGAUAUGGGUAUGGCCGUUUGGCCAGACAUUUGAUCUGAAAUUCUGCCCAACAUUUAACAUCCACGGGUGCCAUCUGACUACAGACCGCACACUAUAUAACCAGUCUCAUGCCGUUCUUAUUCACCACAGAGAUAUCAGUUGGGAUCUGACUAAUUUACCUCAGCAACCUAGGCCGCCAUUUCAAAAAUGGAUCUGGAUGAACUUGGAAUCACCAACACACACUCCACAAAAGAGUGGGAUUGAGCAUCUAUUCAAUUUGACCCUCACUUAUCGUCGAGAUUCAGACAUUCAAGUGCCUUAUGGCUUUAUGGUAGUUAGCACAAGCUCCUUUCCAUUUGAAAUGCCGAAUAAAGAAAGACUGGUGUGUUGGGUGGUGAGUAACUGGAACCCAGAGCAUGCUAGGGUCAAAUAUUAUAAUGAACUAAGUAAAUACCUUGAGAUCCAUACCUAUGGGCAAGCAUUUGGAGACUAUGUGAGUGAUAAAAAUUUGAUCCCAACCAUCUCCGCUUGUAAGUUUUACCUUUCCUUUGAGAAUUCUAUCCACAGAGACUAUAUCACAGAGAAACUUUACAAUGCUUUUCUUGCUGGAUCUGUGCCAGUCGUUCUAGGUCCUCCUAGAGAAAACUAUGAGAAUUACAUCCCUGCUAGUUCUUUCAUUCACGUGGAGGAUUUUCUCUCUCCAAGGGACCUCUCAGAGUAUCUUCUUUUGCUCGACAAAAAUGAUAAACUGUAUGUUAGCUACUUCGACUGGAGGAAGGAUUUUUCAGUGCACCUUCCUCGGUUUUGGGAAUCACAUGCAUGCCUUGCCUGUGACCAUGUAAAAAGACACCAGGAAUACAGGUCAGUUGGCAAUUUAGAAAAAUGGUUUUGGAAUUAAACUCCUAUCCCUUACUUGCACUUUACAUAUAUAUUUUUAAAAGCUAACAAAACCAUUAUUCCAAGUGAAGAUGGUGGGGGGAAUCCCUCCAGAAUAUGUGACAUCUUUGUUUCCUGGAUACAGCAUAUUCCAUUUACACUAUCUCUGGAUCAUUCAUCCAAAACUCUCCUUACUUUCCACAGAAAGGCAUCUGAUUAAAAAAGACUAAUGAUGUCACAGACAUUGGCCAUUUUCUGUGUUGUUGACUUAUUUGGAGAGUUGAUCAUUUUAUUUUAUAUAGAUGUGACUUUGAAAAGGAAUUAAGAGCUGGCAGCCUGAACAGAAGUUUAACUAUUUUGUUAAAGCAAUCAGCGCUAUGGUGAUUUCUUGUUAUAUUUUCAUCAAAUGCAAACACAAAUAUCAUUUUUUGCAAUGUGUACUGAGAAAAACUGAGAAGUAACUUAUGUGGACACUUAUUAGAGAUCUGUAUGUGAAACUGGUGCACCAUGGUUGCACAAAUUAUUCCUCCUGAGCCACUGGCAUGCUAUCUUAUUUAUAUUUUGUUGGAAAUCCUGCUAUGUAUAUAGCUGGUUAUGUGCACUGAAUAGUAAUUUAUUGUUUACCAUUUCUUUUUAAAACUCCCCCCCAUUUUUUUAUUUGUUUGUAAUACAGCAGUCACUGGCCAAUACAUAGAGUAAUGGUGUUUACACUGGCUCAGAUAGUUUCUUUCUGGGAGAAAACAGGCUUAGGAAAAAAAAAUUAAAAUUUCUAGCUAAGAUUCAGUAUAGGAUUCAAAGAAAAAAUAUUUGUGAGUUCAACUCUUUAGUGAAAUACACAUGUGACCUUCUAUGCCAUUUUAUAUACUGCGUACAAGGUACAGUUCCAAAAGCAGUUUUCUAUGAAGCAUGGAAGGCUUCUACUGAGUAAAAAUAAGUCUAAAGACCCAUUCAGCUCAUGGAACUAGUUUCCUAAUUAUUUGAAAUCUGGCCUUGGUAAACAAAUACAUUUUUUAAAAAAUGUGCAUUUUCCUCCAUCUACUCUAGAAUGCUAGUUGAUUGACAAAGUGAACAUUUUCUAUCCUUGGCGAAGUAUUAAGUGGCAUGCUUUGAAACCACACAGUCAGAAUUAAAUACGAACUGAGUGCUUUGUUGAAAUGAAGAUUCAGAAGGCAGCAAAUGAAAGUCUGUUUCCAUUUGGGGACAAAGGAAGCAGCUUUAUACCAGGUAAGACUAUGUGUCCAUCUAGCAGAGGCUGUUCAUCAUUUCAGGAUGCAGAAAUAUUUCCACAUCAACUGCUACCUGAUGCUUUUAACUGGAGAUCCCACCAGUUCAGCCUGAAGCCUUCUGCAUAACAAAGCUCAUGCUCCACUUCUGAGCUUGGUCCCUCCCAUAAGCAAUAAGCAAUCUUUUUUGUUGUUGUUUAUCUGAUAGGACCACUGUUUCAACAGUAGGUAGAUAUUUUGUCUAAUGCCUUGAAAAGAGUAAAAGAUUUAUCAGUUAGGUGACAAUCUUAUACCUGGGAGUAAUCACCACUGAACUAAGUGGGAUUUCUGAGUAGCUGGGUGCAUAGAAUUCUAUUGUUAGCCUUGUAUUUCUGACAGUUGCAAAUUAUCUACUUCUCAGAUGUAACCAUCUGACAAUGAUUCAGCCAUUAGCAGGCUGCUAUGAUAGGAAUAUUCAGUCUCAGAAGUGAUCCCUGAGCUGUGUGCACAAUUAAGACAGUACUGGGACACUUACUGGUGGGAAAUGUUUGAAAAUUGCUAGAUCAGGCUACAGCUGUUUUGGGCUUGAAUUUAAGCCCAUAGAAUAGAGUUUCUCAGUGGUGAUAUUAAUGCACCUCCCCUAUGUCAUUAUGUUGUGAUGAUACUGCAGCCUUUUAUUGGGGCACAAAUAUUUUAAGGUCAGAGAUCUAAGCAAACAUUUCAGUUCAUAUUUCUUUCUAAGUUGAUGAAUACAAAUGCUUUUGAUUACUUCAUGUUUUAACAAUAAACAUAAAAGCAUGAUUAUCAAGACCACAGUAUAACAGAAGGCUGCAGAAUGAAUCAUGAAGGCUGACAGAACCUUUCAUCUGUUGGGAAAGUGAAAGAAGAGAAAGCAGGACAGCGACUAGAAGGUUGUCGAUGUCUUCAGAGUUGUCAGUGUUCAUUAUCUUCCGAAGGGGUUGUGCAUACAGUUUGGGAGUUGAUGACAGAUGUGGUGCUCCAUGUUCUCCACACUUUCAGAAGGAAUGAGCAGUAGCAGCCAGUGAGGUGAGGCAGCUUACCUGAAUAGCUCUGGGGCAGGGCAGUGGGAAGAUAGGGGCUGGCAGAGCCAAUCCAGCACUUCCACCAGCAUACCUGCACAGCCCUAACCUUGCUCCGUCCCUGCCCCAGCACUAGCCAAGUAACCUGUAGCAACACUGGUGUUUGGAUGCAAAUCUGUGGCACUGCCCCACCACAUUGGCCACUAUUGUCAGUGAGCAGAAACCUGAUUAAAAUGGUGGUUUAUUUUGAUGGGCAAUGGCAAUAGAACAUUUUGAUUUAGUUGGAUCACAUUUAUAAAUGCCCCACAUUGUGUGGACUGUUGGCACCUAGAAUAUUGAAUAUUAGGUGAUGGCUUUCUACUUGCAGAAUACUAUUGCUCCUAAGAUACAUUGAUCUACCUAUAUAUAGCAAGUCCAAUCCAUGUGUUUCUUAAUGUGUUUGGGGAGAAGCACCCAUCCUUCUGUUUCAAAGGGUUUUACAUUGUCUCAGUACUUUGUGGCUAAAAUCUAUUCCUGUCCUUUUAUGAAUGUAUGAAUCGAGGGUUUCGUUAACACUAAAUCAAUGCAAUAAAAAAGAACAGCCUUUUAGGCACUGAAAGUAGACACUUCCCCUGAGAGAAGGACUAAGCUGUUUGCUUAAAUGUAUUUUAUUAAAAAGGUAAAAUUGUAGGUAUUAGAACUGGGGUCCCUCGUGUGGUGCCCUCAGACACACACACUCUUGGUGCUCAGCAGGGCCCCCUGCCCAUCCUAUUGUACAAAGAGGUUUUUUGCUUUGGGGGAGGUUGGGUUGGGGCUCCUGUUCCUGUAAAUUCCAUCUACUUUGGGAGAAAGGAGAAAAUGUUAUAGCUGUUCUUAAACUCCCCAUGAUAGUGAAUGGGGCACACAAAGCUCAAUUUUAUAUAAAGUUGCUCAGAAAUCAGAUUGAAAAGGUACACAGAACAACUCAGAAACAAAUCAUUUUUUUAAAUGCACAACUACAAGAUGAUACAAAGCAGUUGAAUUUGAACCUGCACCCAUCUACGAAACUAAUAUGUCUUUGUGCACAAAAGUUGUGCUUGGAACUCUAAGGCUCACAUUUCAGUAUGUGAUACGUUUACUAGUCAGUAGAAUUCAAAAUGAAGCAUUACCUUUCUCAUAUUUCUCAGCAAAAAAAAAAAAGAGUUUUGGGGGCAAACAUUUGGAAUUAUUUUCUGUCAAGCCCUAUUUGAUGUCUGCCCAUCAACAAAAUUAGCAAUCAUAUGAGAGGGAGAGCUAGCUUCAAAUCCUCCUAUCGUGUCCUUGCCCUUUACCAUGCAUGCAUGUGAGAGCAUGUCUGCAGAGGACACACCCUCUACACACAUGGAUUCUCCCCAUGAUGAGGGGAGAUCUGGGUUCCACAUUGCAGGAGAAUCCUACAUACUGUACGUAGAACAGGCACCUUUCUACAGUGUAUCAGGGCAUAGCCAGCAAGGGCAGGAUCAGCAGACAUAGCCCCAUUCUUUUUAAACAAGUAUUGGGAGCACCCAAAUAGGGCUACAGUGUUUGUACAACUAUGCAUUGUGAUAACUCUAUCUGUGAUUCAAAAUUCUUUUCCCCUGUAUUUGUUUUAUUUUCAUCCAUACCCAGUCUAGCAACUUAUGUAAAUAUGUCCUUAGUGCUUUAUUCUUAUGUGACCUCUGGGCAAUAAGGAUAAUGAAUAAUGGAUAAUCUUUAAGUGAUAGAUAUUGUACAAAUGAACCUUUGUUAUCUGAAAUAUAACGUGGGGUUGCAAUGAAA